AUGGUGGGCACGUUAUGGAUCCCUCUGAGCAGCAUACGGCAGUCGAAUGAGGAGGGUCCAGGUCAGUGGCUGACUCUGGAUUCUAACGUGAUCAUGGCUGAAAAUGAAAUCUGCGGAACAAAAGAUCCCACUUUUCACAGACUGCUGCUGGACACAAGAUUUGAACUGCCAUUAGACAUUCCAGAAGAGGAGGCUCGCUACUGGGCAAAAAAACUUGAGCAGCUAAACGCGAUGAGAGACCAAGAUUAUGCCUAUCAGGAGGAACAGGAGAGGCCUCUUCACGCUCCAUCCACACAGUGCUGCAAUUGGAGUAUAUGGGGCGAUCAACAAAAUGAUGAUCCCGACAGUGCGGUUGAUGACCGGGACAGUGACUACCGCAGUGAGACCAGUAACAGCAUCCCCCCUCCAUACUACACCACCUCACAACCCAAUGCUUCCAUGCACCAGUAUCCCAUGAGGCACCAGCACUACCCUCACUCCUACAGCGACGACAUGCACGAGAUGGACUACGAUCACCGAGCGCUCAGCCCCACGGACAGUCGCUACGCAUCCUCCGGCGAGUUGAGUCGAGGAAGCUCCCAGCUCAGUGAGGAGUUUGUGGCUGAAGACGGGGACAGCUUGCGGGGUUCCGAGUUCUAUGACGAGAACGACUCCUACCACUCCUGCCACUCCUCUGUGAGUUGCGGCAAAGAGGAUUCCCCGGGGUGGGAAGGAGACGACGCUCAGGGUGUCUACAGCGACGAAGGAGGCUAUGUCAAAGAUGGAGAGCUGCUUAAUGAUGGAGAGUUGUUUGUGGAAGACUAUAACUACGAGGAAGACGAGAUGGUUUAUGGGGAAAAUGAGGAGAUGUACCCACUGGACACUACGUUUACAGAGGACCAAACACUACCGUAUACACCAACACCGAUAAGCACUGCCCAGUCGUUGAUGCCUCCUUCAGACGGGCUGACUUCUACAAGGCCCCCAUUAGAAAAGCAGGCAUCCCUGCAUCAGCAAAGGCCCUCACAAGACCAGACCCAACCCCAAAAGGUCCCGGAUAUAGACAAUAAACAUGUGGAAGCUGAGGCAAGAUUGGAGCUACCCCCAGAAGAAACCCACUCUCCUGAAAAACCCCCUGAACCAGAGAGUCCGCCAGCGAUGGUAGAAGAGAAGCCGGAGCAGCCCCCAGUGAAAAUGUUUCCAAGAAGAGAAAUGAUGGAGCCAGGUCAUGCAAGAGCGAAGUCUAAUUGGUUGAGACUUUACGGCAGAGUGCGGCUCCAGCUUCAAGAGGCUCGAGGAGAGUCUGUGGGCAUUGCCUCUCUACUGUUAUCGGCAGGAAUGGGUGGAGCUCUGUACAGUAUCGACAGCAUGCCCGACCUCAGGAAGAGAAAAGCUAUGCCUCUAGUUCGAGACCUGAACUCCAGAAAGGCAGGAAUCACCUCAGCCCUUACAUCCAGCACUUUGCACAAUGAAGAACUGAAGAGUCAUGUCUAUAAAAAGACGCUCCAGGCUCUGAUUUAUCCCAUUUCUUGCACCACUCCACACAAUUUUGAAGUGUGGACCGCCACCACUCCCACGUACUGCUAUGAGUGCGAAGGGCUGCUGUGGGGCAUCGCUCGUCAGGGCAUGCGCUGCACCGAGUGUGGCGUCAAGUGCCACGAGAAGUGCCAGGACCUGCUAAAUGCCGAUUGUCUUCAAAGAGCGGCCGAGAAGAGCUCCAAACACGGUGCAGAAGAUCGCACCCAAAAUAUCAUAAUGGUGCUUAAAGACCGCAUGAAAAUCAGAGAGAGAAACAAGCCGGAAAUCUUUGAGCUGAUUCAGGAGGUCUUUGCUGCAGCCAAAUCCCUUCACGUCACACAAAUGAAGCAGAUAAAACAGAGCGUACUUGACGGCACCUCCAAGUGGUCGGCAAAAAUCAGUAUCACAGUAUUAUGUGCUCAAGGAUUACAAGCAAAAGACAAAACAGGCUCUAGUGAUCCUUAUGUUACUGUGCAAGUGGGAAAAACCAAGAAGAGGACCAAAACUAUCUAUGGCAAUCUGAACCCAGUCUGGGAGGAAACAUUCAAUUUUGAGUGUCACAACUCCUCAGACCGCAUCAAAGUGAGAGUCUGGGAUGAGGACGAUGACAUCAAAUCUCGUGUGAAACAAAAAUUCAAGAGGGAAUCCGAUGAUUUCCUUGGUCAAACUAUAAUUGAGGUUCGCACGCUUAGUGGAGAGAUGGAUGUGUGGUACAAUCUUGAUAAGCGUACGGAUAAAUCGGCUGUGUCCGGGGCGAUCCGUAUGCAUAUAAGUGUUGAGAUUAAAGGAGAGGAGACUGUUGCACCAUAUCAUGUUCAGUAUACCUGCUUGCAUGAGAACCUCUUCCACUAUGUAACGGAUAUCCAGAAUAAUGGCGUGGUGAAAAUCCCUGACGCUAAAGGCGACGAUGCGUGGAAAGUCUAUUUUGAAGAAACCCCCCAGGAGAUUGUGGAUGAAUUCGCCAUACGUUACGGAGUGGAGUCCAUCUAUCAGGCCAUGACUCACUUUGCCUGCUUGUCAUCCAAGUACAUGUGCCCUGGAGUCCCAGCAGUAAUGAGCACUCUGCUGGCCAAUAUCAACGCCUACUACGCACACACCACACAGGCUACCAACAAUGUGUCAGCCUCUGAUAGAUUUGCUGCUUCUAAUUUUGGGAAAGAGAGAUUCGUGAAGCUCUUAGACCAACUGCACAACUCACUGAGGAUUGACUUGUCGAUGUACAGAAAUAAUUUCCCAGCCAGCAGCCCUGAGCGGCUUCAAGAUCUCAAGUCCACAGUGGACCUCCUCACAAGUAUCACUUUUUUCAGAAUGAAGGUUCAAGAGCUACAGUCGCCUCCCAGAGCCAGUCAAGUCGUGAAAGACUGUGUGAAAGCAUGUCUCAACUCCACUUACGAAUACAUUUUCAACAACUGCCACGAGCUGUACAGCCGCGAGUAUCAGACCGACCCGGCCAAGCAGGGAGCUGUUCCCCCAGAGGAGCAGGGACCCAGCAUCAAGAAUCUGGAUUUCUGGUCAAAGCUGAUCACACUAAUCGUCUCCAUUAUCGAAGAAGACAAGAACUCAUAUACGCCCUGCCUCAACCAAUUUCCCCAAGAACUUAACGUGGGUAAAAUCAGUGCAGAAGUCAUGUGGAACCUGUUUGCUCAGGAUAUGAAGUAUGCAAUGGAGGAACAUGAGAAAAACCGCUUGUGCAAGAGCGCAGACUACAUGAACCUACAUUUCAAAGUCAAGUGGUUGUACAAUGAAUACUGUAAAGACCUUCCCUUUUUCAAAAGCAGGGUGCCUGAAUAUCCUGCGUGGUUUGAACCAUUUGUUAUUCAGUGGCUGGAUGAAAACGAGGAGGUUUCACGUGACUUUCUGCAUGGUGCUCUGGAGAGAGACAAAAAGGAUGGGUUUCAGGUCACAUCGGAGCAUGCCCUCUUCUCCUGCUCAGUGGUGGAUGUAUUUUCCCAACUCAAUCAGAGCUUUGAAAUCAUUCGGAAAUUAGAGUGUCCAGACCCACAAAUAGUUGGACAUUACAUGAAGAGAUUUGCCAAGACUAUCAGCAAUGUUCUUUUGUCUUACGGUGAUGUCAUGUCACGGUUGUUUCCAAAUUACGUCACAAUGGAGAAAGUGCCAUGCAUCUUGAUCAACAACAUUCAACAACUGAGAGUGCAGCUUGAGAAGAUGUUUGAAGCAAUGGGUGGAAAAGAUCUGUGUGUCGAGGCCAGUGACAUCCUCAAAGAUUUGCAGGUCAAACUCAACAAUGUAAUGGAUGAUCUCAGCCGGGUCUUUGCUGUCAGUUUUCAGCCUCACAUUGAGGAGAAUGUGAAGCAGAUGGGAGACAUUCUGGCUCAGGUCAAGGGAACCUCUAAUGUAGGGAAUGCCAGCAGUGUGGCGCAGGAUGCAGACAACGUCCUGCAGCCAAUCAUGGAGUUCCUGGACAGCAACCUGACGCUGUUUGCAAAGAUCUGUGAGAAGACUGUGCUAAAGCGUGUGCUGAAGGAGCUUUGGAAGCUGGUCAUGAACACUAUGGAGAAGACCAUAGUUCUGCCGCCGCUGACAGACCAAACGGGGAGACUGAAGAGCGCUUCUCACAGUGAUGGAACACAGCUCAUCUUUAACGCUGCCAAAGAACUGGGGCAGCUGUCCAAGUUGAAGGAACACAUGGUCCGCGAGGAGGCUAAGGCUCUCUCGCCGAAGCAGUGUGCAGUUAUUGAGCUGGCUCUAGACACCAUUAAGCAAUACUUCCAUGCGGGUGGUGUGGGUUUGAAGAAGACAUUCCUGGAGAAGAGCCCUGAUCUUCUGUCCCUUCACUACGCUCUGUCCCUCUACACUCAGGCAACAGACAAACUCGUAAAGACCUUUGUCCAAUCACAAAACGCUCAAGUGUUCGGCGGGAAGGGGGUGAGGUUCACCAGUAGUGAGGAUAUUUACCCAGACAAGGGAUCAGUUGUUGAUGACGCGGUCGGAGAGGUGUCCAUACAUGUGGAGAUUUUCACACAUCCCAGCACAGGAGAACACAAGGUUACAGUGAAAGUGGUCGCUGCCAAUGACCUGAGGUGGCAGACACAGGGAAUAUUCAGGCCAUUCGUGGAGGUCUAUAUCAUCGGACCUCAUCUCAGUGACAAGAAGAGGAAGUAUGCGACCAAGUCUAAGAACAACAGCUGGGCUCCGAAGUACAAUGAAACCUUCACAUUUACUCUGAGUAAUGAAGUGGGCCCAGAAUGCUACGAGCUGCAGGUGUGUGUGAAAGACUACUGCUUUGCUCGUGAAGAUCGCACCGUGGGUAUGGCCGUCCUGCAGCUCAAAGACAUGGCCUCUAAAGGCAGCGUGGCGUGUUGGCUGCCACUGGGAAAACGCAUCAACAUGGACGAGACCGGCCUGACCGUGCUGCGCAUCCUCUCCCAGCGCAACAACGACGACGUGGCCAAAGAGUUUGUGAAGCUCAAGUCCGACCAACGCUCUGCAGAGGAGGGCCGCAGCUAA